GGCGGCAACAAGCCCGGCCGCCGCCGAGCAGCCCCAGCCCGGCGCGACGCUGCCUGGCUGGCGCGGCGCAGGCCCCGGCGCCCAGCGAGGCCGCGGCGCUGUUUGAGCCUUCGCGCUGCCCGUAGCCGGGACGCCUUCAGCCGCAACAUGGCGGCGGCGCUGCGAGGGGAGUUGGGAAGUUUCCGGGGCGCCUGUUGAGGGACUUCAGUGAUUCUGGACCAUUGUUGUUGAAAUGAUAUUACAGAAGCCAGCUAUUGCAUUGUAUCUGUUGGAUGAAACCCAAAUAUUUACUUUCGGCCAAGUGGGUAAAAACCCUUAACUGCAGUUUACAUGUGUAGGUCACUGCGUUACUGUUUUAGUCACUGUCUCUAUGCAGCAAUGACAAGGUUAGAAGAAGCAAACAGAGAAGUGAACAUGCAUUCAUCUGUCAGAUAUCUUGGCUAUCUUGCCAGAAUCAACUUACUAGUUGCCAUUUGCAUGGGCCUUUAUGUCAGAUGGGAGAAAACUGCAGAUACACUGAUUUUGGUAAUAUUUAUCCUGGGGCUUUUUGUUCUUGGAAUUGCCAGCAUACUGUACUACUAUUUUUCAAUGGAAGCAGCAAGUUUGAGUCUCUCCAAUCUUUGGUUUGGUUUUUUGCUUGGCCUUCUCUGUUUUCUUAAUAAUUCUGCCUUCAAAAAUGAUGUGAAAGAAGAAGCUACUAAGUAUUUGCUCCUUUCCGCCAUUGUUUUAAGGAUAUUAUGUGCUUUGGUUGAGAGGAUUUGUGGCUGUAUCCAUCAUCGACCGACUCUGCUGACAACGGUUGAAUUUUUGGAACUGGUUGGAUUUGCAAUUGCCAGCACAACUAUGCUGGUGGAAAAAUCUAUGAGCAUUAUUUUGUUGGUCAUGGCUUUGGCCACGUUGAUUAUUGACUUACGUAUGAAGUCUUUUUUGGCAAUUCCAAAUUUGGCAAUUUUUGGAGCCCUUGCAUCCUUGCUGUUUUUUCCUUCACUGAAAAUUCCCACAAACCCAUUUGCCUUGGCAUGUUUCUUCAGUUGCCUAAUUUCAGAUCCGCUUCUUGAUGUUUACUUCAGUGGACUUUCAGUUACUGAACGGUGGAAGCCCUACUUGUACCGUGGCAAAAUUUGCAGAAGGCUUUCUGUCAUCUCAGUUGGAGUCAUUGAACUUAUCUUUUUCAUUCUUGCAGCCUUUAAACUAGGUGACUUGGAUCUCUGGUAUUUUGUGAUACCUGGUUUUUCUAUUUUUGGAAUUUUUUGGAUCAUCUGUCAUGUUAUUUUUUUUAUAACUCUCUGGGGAUUUCACACAAAAUUAAAUGACUGCCACAAAGUAUAUUAUACCCACAGAGCAGAGAACAACAGCCUUGAUAGAGUUAUGGCAUCUAAAGGAAUGCGUCACUUCUGUUUAAUUUCAGAACAACUCGUAUUUUUCAGCCUUGUCGCAACUGCUGUUUUGGGGGCAGUAUGUUGGCAGCCAACCAACGGGAUCUUCAUGAGUGCAUUUCUCAUUGUUUUACCUCUGGAGUCCAUGGCUCAUGGGCUCUUCCACGAGCUGGGAAACUGUUUGGGAGGAACGUGUGUUGGGUAUGCAGUCGUGAUUCCUACCAACUUUUGCAGUCCUGAUGGCCAACCAACUCUUCUUCCACCUGAGCACGUGCAAGAGUUAAAUCUGAGGUCUACAGGCAUGCUUAAUGCCAUCCAAAGAUUUUUUGCAUAUCACAUGAUUGAGACAUAUGGUUGUGACUACUCUACAAGUGGACUGUCCUUUGAUACUCUUCACUCCAAGAUCAAAUCUUUUCUUGAACUUCGGACUGCAGAUGGACCCAGACAUGAUACCUAUAUUUUAUAUUACAGUGGUCACUCACAUGGCACUGGCGAAUGGGCACUAGCAGGAGGUGAUGCAUUACGACUUGACACACUUCUGGAGUGGUGGCGAGAAAAGAACGGCGCUUUUUGUUCGCGACUCAUCAUUGUUUUAGACUGUGAGAACUCUCAGCCUUGGGUUAAAGAAGUAAGAAAAGUGAAUGACCAGUAUGUCGCUGUGCAAGGGGCAGAAAUGGCUAGAGUUGUAGACAUUGAGGAAGCAGAUCCUCCGCAGCUCGGUGAUUUCACCAGGCAGUGGGUUGAAUACAACUGUAACCCCAACAGUAACAUCAGCUGGUCUGAAAAGGGACGUACAGUGAAAGCAGUGUACGGUGUGUCAAAACACUGGAGUGACUACACUUUACAUUUGCCAACAGGAAGCGAUGUUGCCAAACACUGGAUGAUAUACUUCCCACGUAUUACCUACCCAUUAGUACAUUUGGCAAACUGGUUUUGUGGUCUCAAUCUGUUCUGGGUCUGUAAAGCGUGCUUUAGGUGCCUGAAAAGAUUAAAAAUGAGUUGGUUUCUUCCCACGGUGCUGGACACAGGACAAGGUUUCAAACUUGUCAAAUCCUAAUUAAGAACCAAAGAGGAACAUAAGUGGGAAUUCUGGGAACUUUCUCAUUUACAGACAACUUACAACUUUUUAUAGGACUGUUUUCUUUGAAUAAAUGUGCUAUGUCAGGAGCUAUGCUCACUUUGUUCAGCUUUUUGAGCAGCUACAGAAUAUGCAACAGUUAGAAACUGCAAUCUUAAACAGAAGAGGGUAGGACUAUAAUAUUCAGGUUUUGUUACUGAACUGCAUCUAAUUAUGUAAAAGACUUAUUUGAUACGACCAUGCAUUUUGGAGACAGUUUGCAUGUUCAUAUGUGUUACCUAGAAAGCAGCUUUUCAGAAUCACCAGUUUGAUGGACAGCGGCUCCUAUGAAUGUUAUGGCAUGCGUAUUUGUCAUUUAUAUUCACUGUUAGAUUCAAAUACAGGAAAGGAAGCAAGCUAAUAUUCAAUUCAGUGUAUAUGUCCUUGAAAUUAUAUGGUGGGGUCAAGGGUAUUAUAAAAUAGCACUGAACCAAAAAUUAAAAUAGAAAAAUGAAGAGGCAUUGUAGGUAAGUACCUACCAAGGAUGUUUAGUUUUAUUUGCUUUCACAUCUUUAGUCCCUGCCUGCAUUUUCUACUGCCGUCAAUGGGAAUUGGCUGGUAAAAAGAACUUUUCUGAUGACCCUGUAACGUUCUGUUGCUGCCCACCAGACAAGGGUUUUUCAAAUGCAAUUUUUAAAACAUUGUGUUACUUGCAAAACUCAGUAUCUUGCAGUGGUCUUUUUUUGUAAAUAUUCCCAGUAGUUAAUUCAUAUAUGGAAUAAAAAGUGUGCUGAGAGGUUUUUUUUCUCACCUGUUAGGGUGAUUCUGUCUUUUUCAGAUUCUUGUUAGUUUAUAUUUUGAAAAGCAACCCUGAAGAAGGAACUUAACAAAGAAAAUGAUCCAUAAAUAAAUAAAAAAAAAAACAGGAGGAAAUGCAAGUGUUGCCUUGCUUCCACAUUUACCUAGUCUUUGCCUAAGAGCUUGAUCCUGUACAAUAUUCAAUAUGGGGUUGGACCGAUGAGUUCAUUAAUUAUUUAAACUAAGAACAAACAGUUUGACUGAAAGAAGAAAUUAUUCCUUUAGGACAGAACCAAAUCCUGAGUAUUCCUGAGCUUUACUCUCCAGGCCGCUAAGUCCUAGUCUUAAUUCUUCCAGUUACAGAUUGUUGAAAGGGACUCUGGAAAUCCUUUCCCACGUUUCCUAUUCAGAGAAGCUGCACAGCUUUCUAAUCUGUUUGCUGAAGUACCGAAAAUCAGGAGUUAAACUGCUAAGCUGCUAAGUCAGUACAGUUUGUGGCAUUUUUUGCAUACAUGUGUGCAAUCUAGAAGAUCUAGAGUUUACUUUUUUUCCUGUUUUCAUCAGUAUUUUAAUUAAAAUGUUAGGCAUUAGUGAUAUUUGUCUAAAAUAUAAUUUAUUGAUUUUUUUUUAAUACCUGAAAAGAUGUUAGGAGCUCUUUAAUGCUUUGUCUUCAAGGACUUUUCUGAUUUCAUUUUAACUUUUUAGACAACUAAAUUAGAGAAUCUGCUAACACUUACAGCUGUUAAUAACUCCUGAAAAUAAAAAGUUGAAUUAAAUUAUGAGGUCUGCAAAAAGCCAGAGUAAUUUGCACCCACCAACUUCAAAAUGUUGAUUUCAGUGGAUUUACAAGGAACAGCCACUAAGUUUCUUCAUUACUAUAUAUGUUUUUUUUUUUUUUAAAGCAAACAAUCCACCACACAUACUCUUUGCCUUUCUCCAUCCCCUUCCAUAAAGGGAUAAGGAGAUGACCGGUCAAAUCAAAUAUACUACCGCAGAUCAGUUCCAUUGAGCUAUCUCAAAGUAAAUGCCUUAGCUGCAGCUAUGUCACAAAUUCCAGAGAGGUGGCUAUUCUCAAGUACGGUGGAGGGUAAUCACACCAUCCACCAUCACUUAUCCAACUGAAGUUCCUAAACUGGGAGCCUGAGGUAGGAGUCAUCUUUCUUAAAUUCAGAUGGCUGAAAGCAAGACAUCUAAAUCUGAGCUAGUGACCUGAGGCACUCCAUUUCUUAUCAACAAAGAGGAAUGGAUAUUUCCAAAGGAUGACUCAUUUGAUCUAUUUUAGGAUGAAGUAAAUUGUCCUGUGGUUGGGCCCAUUAGUUUUGUUUUGUUUUUGCUGAGCAGAAGUAGAAUCUUAGGUUCACAUACAUGUGACUAUCUAACUUUCAGAUGCUGAAGUUCAAGUAGACAAAGCCCUUGCUUCCAUUUAAUGACUUUAGAGCACUUACGUCCUGAGUCAUCCUCUGGAGCCUUCCCUGGGUGCGUAAGCUCCUUCAAGUACCAAAAUUGCAUACUUAACGUUAGGCUGAACAGGCAUCCACCGAGUUCCAUAAAAGAAGCAGGCCCUCCUCAGUAGAAGUCAUUUUCAGUCAUUUCUGAACAGCAAACCUUGAACAGAAAAGAAAUGUUGCAUGAAGGCAAUUGUUUGGUUUGUAAAAUUAUUUUGAUUGCCCUUUUAGCAAAAAUUCCUCUGAUUGCAACACAAACUAUUUCAACUAGAGCACAAAGGCAGACUUUACAACACAAAGUUCCUUUAAAGCAACAGUGUAAUACCGAAUAGUCACAACAUAAACAUCUGACAGUAAGAAGUGAGUUCUUUUUUAUUUUCAAAAAGGCUGUGAACACCAACCAUAACACUUCCCGCUAAUUAUAAUGGGUAAAUCUUACUCUGUAUGUGCUACUGCUACAUUUUUAUGAAUGUCAUCUGUAUAUUUUUCUUUUUGUACAACCAUAGGAGCAGUAAGUUUGGCAUUCCUCACCUGUCCUGGGACAGUGAGUAGACUAAUGUGGACUAUCCUUGCUGUGAUUUAGUGAUGGACCCAUUUGGGGCAAAACAAAUACAAUGGUGCUGGUCUUUUGCCUCUGUUUAUUAAAUAGUUGCAGCUUACUUAUCAAACCAUUGGAUUUUCUCUAGGAUAGACUAGGUGAUCUUUAGCAGUUUGUUGAAUGAAGAGUCAGCUAAACAUGUAGCAAAAAGGUUAUUGGCAAAACUAAUCAUGUGUUUGCAGGUUUUUUCCUGUUUUCUCAAUUAAAGAAUUUUAGUUUUCUGAAUUUCAGAUAGUUUUAACAAAGUAUUUCUACUUCAAUUUUGUUUUCUUUUUAAACAGCAAAGGCAUGGUGAAAAUGCUAUGUUAAACUAAAAGAUGUGUUUACAGCCAUGCAAACUGUGAGGCCUUUCUUGGACAGAGACUGUCCUUUGUGUUUCAAAUCAAAACAAAAACUGGGGUGUAGGAUGAUGAGUCUCAGGAACUCAGUAUUAAUUCCCCACUUCAGCAGCAACCAGUAUCAAAGCAUCCUACUGUGACCCACGUUCCCACGCGAGGACCAGGGUGAGGGCAGCGCGCUCUCAGGUUUCGGGCACUCAUGCACUUCUGUGGGUCACUGCUCAGCCCCAGCUCACACUCACGCACAUGCCUUUAGAGGGACUCCACCAGAAGGACCCUAAGGCAGUGACUUGUCAUCCCUCCACUGUUCCCUGUAUGAAAAUAGGGCAAAUUUUGAAAGAGUAAUAUAAAUCAUAUUCCAAAGAAUGCUACAUAUGCUAUUAUUUAUAUACAAGUUAUUUUUCUUGAGCUGUUACAUGCUUAAGAAUGAAUUGCGUGGCUUGAGAAAGUUAAAGGUCUAAAUUUUUUUUUUUAAGAUUCUUGUCUCUACUGUAUAUUCUAAAUUUUGUUAUAAAGUUUGUUAAAAUUUAUAGCACAGCAGUAAUUUUAUGUUGACUUGGUUUCAUUUACAUGUAUAGUAUCAAUCUUGCUGAAACAUCCAAAUGCACUAAGUCCUACAAACGUAAGUCUUCAAAAGGAAUUCAAAUUGCAAAUUCACAGUAGUGUUUUUCUCUGAAUAAGUAUGGGGGGAAAAAAGCCAUUCAUCUUAAUUUUUGCACUACCGGAGUUACAUAUUUGCAAUUUGUUAUUUUUUGUAUGUCUUGUGAUUGUUGUUGUCUGGCCUUUGGUUAAAGUUUUUCUUAGAAAUAACUUCUUCAGCCUUCUUAGUUUUCCCUUUAUUUUGCAAAGGCAUAAUUAACACUGUGGUAGAUGUAAGCGUCUAUGUUGCCGGCACCAGACAAUAUAACUGGGUUAAAGUUCUUGUUUAUAAAUACCUUGUUGUGGGAGGAUUUUUACUGGACAUACCGAUUUUAGAUUUGUAAAUAGAUUUUUGUGUAUUUGUGAUAUUGCUUAAAUAUAUUUUGCUGUUUUGGAUGCUCAUUUCCAUUUCAUGUUUUUCUUUAUGCCUCAGUCACUUCCAGAAUUUCUGUAUUCGCUCUUGAAUUACAUGUGGUUUUUUUUCAGUA